AUGGAGAGGGGAAAUCACACGGUGACCGAAUUCAUCCUGCUGGGCUUCACAACAGACCCCACGAUGCAGCUGGUCCUGUUUCUCCUGUUCCUGGGAGUGUACUCACUGACCUUGCUAGGAAACAGCACCCUCAUCGUACUGAUCUGCAAUGAUGCCCGGCUCCACACACCCAUGUAUUUUUUCAUUGGAAAUCUGUCUUUUCUGGAUCUGUGGCUAUCCACGGUCUACACCCCGAAAAUCCUAGUGACCUGCAUCUCUGAAGACAAAAGCAUCUCCUUGGCAGGUUGUGUGGCCCAGUUCUUCUUCUCCGCUGGACUGGACUAUACUGAGUGCUACCUGCUGGCCGCCAUGGCCUACGACCGCUAUGUGGCCAUUGCAAAACCCCUGCUUUAUACCCAGGCCAUGUCCAUAAAGCUAUGUAUAUUUUUGGUAGCAGCUUGCUAUCUUGGAGGCUUCACUAACUCUUCCAUCAUCACCAAGAAGACCUUUUCCUUUGACUUCUGCAAAGACAAUGUCAUUGAUGACUUCUUCUGUGACCUGCUUCCCCUAGUGAAGUUGGCCUGUGGCAGGAAGGAGGGCACCCAGGCUCUGAUGUACUUCCUGUUGACCUCCAACGUCAUCACGCCCCUCGCCCUCAUCCUGGCCUCCUACCUCUUCAUCAUCGCCGCCAUCUUGAGGAUCCGCUCCACCCAGGGCCGCCUCAAGGCCUUCUCCACAUGCUCCUCCCACCUAGUCUCUGUCACUCUGUACUAUGGUUCUAUCCUCUACAUCUACUCUCGCCCCAGUUCUAGCUACAAUCUUGAGAGGGACAAGAUGGUUUCUACAUUUUAUACCGUGUUAUUUCCCAUGUUGAAUCCCCUGAUCUAUAGUCUGAGAAAUAAGGAUGUGAAAGAAGCUGUCUAUAAAUUCUUCAAAUAG